UUAAUCAUAGGAAGAAAAAAAUCUGCAGGCCAUAGACAAAAAAGGAACAACACAAAUCAAAAGAACAUAAAAAAGAAAAUUAAAAAUUAAAAAAAAACAUGGCUUGAAGUCAACAGUUUCAACAAAUCAUGUAUAAAAGAGCUUUGUUGCUGGCCAAACAUUAACACAAAAAGUCCCACACCCAUUUGAAUUUGACGAUCAAAAUUUGAACUUUUUGAAAUUAUUUCAAAAACCCAUUUGAAUUUGAUGAUCAAAAUUUGAACUUUUCGAAACCAUUUCAAAAACCCAUUUCUUUUCUGAAGUUUUCUUCUCAGCCAAGAUGGGGAAGGCUGCAAAAUGGAUAUUGAAUCUUCUUCUUGGGAAGAAGGAAGGACAUCAGAAGAAUCAGAUGAAGAAGAAGAUGGGUUCUUCUUCUUUUUCUGAUCACUCUGCAAAUUUGAAGCUAAAAUGGAGUUUUAGAAAGACAAAUCUUCUGUUAACUCAUAAGCUUUCUAAAUCUGAUGGCUCCAUUGGUACCAUUGAAUCUCUCAAGCAUGUAGCUAUGGCAGAUCAGAAGAAGCCACCAUCAAGUGCUCGAAACGCUGCUGCUACGACGAUCCAAUCCGCGUACCGGUCUCAUUUGGCAAGGAAAGCAUUGCAUGCUUUAAGAGCACUGGUUAAGAUACAAGCACUUGUGAGAGGCUAUCUUGUGAGGAAACAAACAGCUGCUACCCUAAAGAGCCUGCAAGCUUUGAUGGCAAUCCAAGUUCGAGCUCGGGUGAGUCGGAUCCAGCUGCUCGAGGACGAGGAAGAGCUUCUUGAAAGGAGGCAACGUAAGCGUCUCGUUGACACCAAUCUCAAAAAAGUAUACUACAGACUAAACAUGAAUCUCAAUGAAACUCGGAGAUCAUAUACGAGCAAGAGUGACCAUAUAAGUCGUUCUCAAAUCGAACAGAUAGUGAAUGAACCAAAUGCUUGUUCUUGUAGACGAAACCUUUCGAUCCCGAGGCAGUAUCAGCACAAAGAUCACUCCGGCACCAGGGAACCGAACAUGUCCAAACCAACAUCUGAAACAGCCUUAUUUUCCAUGGAUCAUCCAAGGCGUUCAGAUUUCGUGCCUAAUGACCAUCCAUUCUAUCCAAAUUAUAUGGCCAAGACAAAAACAUCACGGGCAAAAGUCCGAUCGCAGAGUGAACCGAAACAACGUCCGAGUUCAAGCGCACAUCAGCUAAAACCGAGACCAUCUUAGCCAUCUUAACUGUUGUAAAUUUACAU